UGAACAGCAACAAUGAGAGCAAUUGGGAUUUUUUUCCUUGUGAUAUGUGGAAUUCUUGUAACCGGCAUUAAAGCACAUCUUAAAGACAAUAAUGAAUAUUUCAAACGCCGUCCCAAGGAUUGUACAGACAUUGAUAUCAAACACAAGAGUGGUGUUUAUAAAAUUUACCCAGAAGGCUCGGCUGAUGGAUUUAACGUAUAUUGUGAUAUGAUGACAGAAAGCGUGAACGGCGGCUGGACGGUGUUUCAAAGAAGAAUGAAUGGUAAAACAGAUUUUUACAGAGAUUGGAAAGAAUAUAAAGAAGGAUUUGGAAGUCUGAGGAGUGAAUUUUGGUUAGGUAACGACAGACUCCAUAUGCUGACGGCACAAGGAAAAUAUGAACUGAUGAUAACCAUGGAAGAUUUCUCCAAUCAGAACCGUUAUGCUAAAUAUGACAACUUUAAAGUAGGGAAUGAGAAAUCGAAAUACGGGAUGACUAUUGGUACUUACAGGGGGAAUGCAGGAAAUUCUCUUUCCGGUCAUCAUAACAAACAAUUCUCUACAAAAGACCAAGAUAAUGAUGUUGAUUCUUCUAAUUGUGCAACAAAGUACAAAGGAGCGUGGUGGUAUGGCAGUUGUCAUCACUCCAAUCUGAAUGGACUCUACCUAUCCGGAAAACACUCUUCUUUUGCUGAUGGAAUUAACUGGGACGCAUGGAGAGGUUAUCAUUACUCAUUAAAACAUACAGCAAUGAUGAUAAAAAGACUAAAUUGAAAAAAGAAAAACAGAUUUUCAGUCGAAAAAUCAAU